UAUAUUAAACUAACCACCGAAUGCCUUCAUAGGACCGCUGAUUCUCCCCUCAUAUUUCACGCAGGUUUGUCUGCAGCUUUGUCCCAUCUUUCAUAUAUUACAGGCCAGGAGUCCAAAUGAACAAGACAAUUCAAGACCAUAGUAUUCUAUAUGCCAUGGCCGGCGGCGCUUCAACUCACUCGCCCUCAUCCCUCCAUAUGUCUCUCAUUCACUACUGCCAACAUUAUUUUAGAGCUUUAAUUUCCUAGUUUCCUGCCUUCUUGUCUGCAAUCAUGUUUUCUCGGCGGGUAGUUUGCGGCAAAGAAGUUGCAGGUUUUGAGGAUAUUGGGGCGUGUUUGGUUGAUUGUGGUGUCAAGAGCUUUGUUCUCUGCCCAGAGAGUGGCGGCGGCGGCGAAUACUUAGAGCUGCUCAGGUCGUCGGCGCAGAAUCUCCGAUAUGCAGCAUCAUCAAGCCGGAAGCCGGCGGCGAUCAUCACGCCGGAGAGCAAGGAGGAGCUCGUCAACAGCGUAUUGUGCUGCCGGAAGGGCUCCUGGGAGAUCAGAGUGCGGUGCGGCGGACACAGCUACGAAGGGACUUCCACGGCGGCGUCGGCGGCGGCCGGCGGGAAUUUCGUGAUCAUUGAUAUGGCGAAGCUCGACGGCGUUUCCGUCGACGUGGACGCCGGAACCGCCUGGGUGGAAGGCGGCGCGACGCUGGGCCAAACGUACCACGCCAUCUCCGCCGCCAGCGCCGCCCACGGCUUCUCCGCCGGCUCCUGCCCCACCGUCGGCGCCGGCGGCCACAUCGCCGGCGGCGGAUUCGGCCUGCUGUCGAGGAAGUACGGCCUCGCCGCCGACAACGUCCUCGACGCCGUCCUAAUAACCGCCGACGGCGAAACGCUGGACCGUAAAGCCAUGGGGGAGGAAACCUUCUGGGCCGUCCGCGGCGGCGGCGGCGGAAACUGGGGAAUCAUAUACGCCUGGAAAAUACAGUUAUUACCGGUCCCCAAAACCGUUACAUGCUUCGUCGUUUCCCGCCCCGGCACCAAACAAUCCGUCUCAAACCUAAUCAACCAAUGGCAACACGUCGCGCCAAAACUAACCGAAGAUUUAUACCUCUCCGCUUUUCUCGGAGCCGCCUUACCGGAAUCCAACAACUCCCCCGAAAAUCCCGGAAUAUCCGCCACGUUCAAAGGCUUCUUCCUGGGCCCCACCAUCACCGCCUUAUCAAUCCUAAACCAAUCCUUCCCAGAACUAUCCAUCCUGGAACAAGACUGCCGGGAAAUGACGUGGAUCGACUCCAUCCUCUUCUUCUCCGGCUCCGGCGACAAUUUCACCAUUUCCGACCUAAAAAACCGCCACUCCGGCGAAAAACUCUACUUCAAAGCCAAAUCCGACUUCGUGAAAACCCCUAUACCCCUCACCGGCCUCCACGCCGCCGUGGACGCCCUGGAAAACGAGCCGAGAGGUUACGUCAUCCUCGACCCGUACGGCGGCGCAAUGGACCGGAUAAGCAGCGACGCCAUAGCUUUUCCCCACCGGAAAGGGAAUCUUUUCAGCAUACAGUAUCUAGUGGAGUGGCGCGAAGAAGAUAAUUAUGACCGGCGCAAAUCGGAGAAUUUAUUAGAGUGGAUAAGAGGAUUUUACGAGGAAAUGACGCCGUAUGUUUCCAGCUCGCCCAGGGCGGCUUACGUUAACUACAUCGAUUUCGACCUCGGAAUCCUCGAAAACGUGGAUGAUGAUGGUGACGUGGUGGAGAAGAGCAGAGGUUGGGGAGAGAAGUACUUCUUGAAGAACUAUGAUAGAUUGGUUAGAGCCAAAACAAUGAUUGAUCCGUUGAACGUUUUCAGGCAUGAGCAGUCUAUACCGCCAUUGCCUGCAUGCAAUAAUGCAUGAAAAUUCUGCAGCAUUGCACCAAUUGUGAGUGAGAUUGCAUGUACCCUUUUCUUUCUUUGUAAUAUAAAAUAUCUUUUUAUAA